AUGUAUCGUCCGGUCGCUUUGCUGCUCCGCCGCUCGCGGUGGCCUGCGACCAGGGCAACGCAAUUCUGCGCAACGCAUCCUGUUCGCAGGUGGUAUUCUGACGACGGGGCCCAGCCAGUAGAAUUAGCUCCAGGAGCUGCACAGUCAACGACUGCUGCGACAUUAGAAAGCAAUCCGAAUGGACCCUCGCGGAAAUUUACUCCAAAAAAGAUACAAAACAACUUAUCCCUAAGCAACCUCAAGGCCCAAAUUGCAGAGGACCAGGCUUGGAAAACACAGACGGACUUUGACAGCAUCGAUGAAUGGAACAAGGAAAACGCCAGACUGGCUUUCAAGGGUGCCAUUAAGGAAGCCGGUGUACACUAUGCUCAGGUCAGGUUGCCAUGCACCAAAAAGACACAAGAGACAUGCCGCGAUAUGAGUGUUUAUUACCAUCAGCUCCGCGAUGCUUGCACAUGCCCUCUCUGUGUUGACCCGAAAACAAAGCAGCGCAACUUCCGCUUGAGUGAUAUACCCGAAAGAAUAAUGCCGCGUCGGAUGAGAUGGCUAGAUGAUUCGCACAUCGACGAGGAAAAAAUCCUGGAGAUCCAAUGGGCCACUGAUGUGCCCGGAUACGACUCAUCCCAUGUGACGCGGUUUUCUGCCGACGAAAUUGGCUACCCAGCUAGUUAUUUUUUCAAAAAAGAAACCCAGAACAGGAAGCAGACUCUUUGGAACAAGAGCGAUAUGGAUGAGGCUCAGCACUGGGUUACCUACAAUGAUUACAUGGAGAACGAGGACAAAUUCCAUGAAACCCUCAAUGCGUUGUCACAGUACGGCCUGAUUUUCAUCAAAGACAUACCAGACUCUCGACAAAUGGCUGAGCAGCUGGCAACACGCCUCGGGCCUCUGCGUAAUUCGUUCUAUGGCCAGACAUGGGACGUGCGAAACGACCCAAAAGCCAAAAACGUUGCGUACACGAACCAGAACUUGGGCUUCCACAUGGAUCUGCUAUACAUGACUGACCCGCCAGGAUACCAGCUAUUGCAUUGUCUGAAAAACUCGUGCAACGGCGGCGAGUCUCUCUUUGUAGAUGCUUAUUCUGCAGCAAGAGACCUCGACCCGUCGUCCUGGUCCGUCUUAUCUCACAGCGAAUUGCCUUAUCAUUAUAACCACGAGGAUCAUUAUUAUAGAACGACUCGACCGGUUAUCGAAGUUGCGCAACAAGCCAAUAUUCGUCGUAACAAAUCGAUCAAACAUAUCAACUACUCCCCUCCUUUCCAAGGCCCCUUUGAGGUUGACCAGGAACAAGGGAAAAAAUGGGCACGGGAUGCGUCGCGCUUAAUUAACGCACUCAAAAAAUUCACCAAAAAUAUCGAAGAACCCAGUCGGAUCUUCGAGCUGAAACUGAAUCCCGGCGAGUGUGUCAUCUUUGAGAACCGGCGUGUGCUGCACGCUCGACGCGCAUUUGAUACGACCAGCGGAGAGAGGUGGCUUGCUGGGGCGUACGUUGAUGGGAGCGAUGUGAAUAGUAAGCUCUUCACGACGAAGAGAAAGGCCGGGGUAUUCAAUGAAAGUCAACGUGAGGCCGAUGAUAGCGCGCUAUAG